AUGGAUAAUGCCCACCCAAGUAAGCGCAGACGCACGACGUUGGCAUGCGACGCAUGUCGAGCGCGGAGGACCAAGUGCGAUUCGCGGCGACCGGCAUGUCAAUACUGCCAAACCCAGAACAUGGUUUGCGUCUAUCAGGAGCCACCCCCCGCACAGCCUAGUCGGGUUGAAGCAGAAUUAAGCGCGAUGAAUAAACGCUUAGACCAAUUAUUCAGCUUGCUGGUUCCAGUCGCACCCAUUUCCCCGGAUCCUCGUGCUGCAGGUCUGAGCGAUGAAUACGAUGCUUCAACCGAGGCAGGUGCUUCCCCGUUUGAUCUACCUUCCAAGCUCCUCGGCAACUCCUCGGUCAUGGAUGUAUUGGGGCUGGAUACCGAUUUUGCCAAGUCCUUGAUUCGAGGAGAAAGGACCGCUCAAGCCGACGAGAGUUCGGAAGGCGGGAGACCACACCUGCUUAUUGUUCAUCAUCGACAUGCAGUAAGCGCACUGGCUGCGUUCUCUGCCCGAGUUCAUAUCUGGUAUCCCAUUCUUGCUUCGGACUUUUCGUCGGAGUACUUCCGGGUGCUCUCUGGCCCCUUGCAACCUUGUUCCGAAUCUUGCCUCUCGCUUUUGGUGGCAGCAAUUGGCCACAGUGUUGCGGAAGACAUGACAGUCUCGAGCGUCCCGUAUUUCGAAACCGCUCUUGCGUCCCUGCCGAUUAUCAUCCGCGAGUGCAGUAUCCGAAGUGUUCAAUGUCUUAUGCUCAUCAGCUUGUAUUAUUGUUGCCUACUGAGACCUUGUCAGGCCCAUGACUAUUGUUUGAUUGCGUCAUCUAAAAUUGUGAAUAUUAUUAAGAGUGGCUUGGAAGGACAUGACACAAACACAGUUGAAAUGACGCGGCGCGUAUAUUGGGGGGUGUUGUUACUGGAGAAUGAAAUUGCUGGCCAGUUGGACCUCGCCAGGAGUGAUAUUUGGUGCCUGGAUGAAUGUGUUCCACUUCCUCUAUGCCAACAAACGUGGGAAUUCACUCCCGAGAUGGCCUCAAAGGCUCUCGCAACCUCAUCCCCCCCACAUGAUGCGCCAUUGCUUAAUGCGAGUGAAGACGCAACACGAUCAUACUUCUUAGCAGAGGUCGCCAUGAGACGUAUGCUCCAUCGAUGCAAUACAGCAGUUCAAGCUACCUCCACUGGGAAAUAUGUCUAUGCCCCGUAUAUCGCAGUAGAGUUGGAACGCCAACUUGAGGAAUGGUACUGCCACCUACUCAAUAUAAGUCGCUUCGACAAGGGUGACGUAUGUCAGCCAUUAGAGAUAGCCAAUGUACCAGCUUGCCCUCUAUCGAAUUUCCUGCGUGUUCAAUACUACUGCUGCAAGCUUUCUAUAUAUUGGCCUGCCGUUUACCAGGCUAUGCAAGAUGAAGGAAGUGCAGGUCUCCUUCGGGAUGACUGCCAGAAAUUCUUUGAUUCCUAUAUCUUGUUAACCCCAAGUAUUGUAGCAGCUUUUCAGGACUGCUUAGUGAACCGGUGGACAUUGUUUGUUAGCCUCUUUAUCACUUCAGUGGCUGCAAUAUCGGCAGCAAGCACUCCAUGUUUGACUGGGCUAUGUUCUCCGCAGUUCUACGAAUGCAUCCGAGCAGCAGGACGUGCCGAUCAGGCCAUCAUACGAAGAAGUUCAUCCUUGAUGAUUCUGCAGGACAUUUUAGGGGAGAGGAUACAACAGGUUGGAUUGUCAUAG